AUGGUUGGAAAGACCAGUUCUUCAUUGUUAUACUUUUGUUAUACUGCUACUAUACUUAGACUUAGUGACCAUAAUUUGGAAAUUGAAUUGGGCAGGAGAAAAUUUCCAAGAAUGGAGGUUAUACCUGAACGGAAGACUUCGUAUCUAACAGACAAAUCUUGGUCAAUGUUGGUGAAGAAAAUAUCUCGAUUUGGUAUACGAACUGGAAUAUUUGACUGUACUUUAGACUCCAGAUUUUGCAAAAGAAAAGGAUGGGAAAAAUCCAACGUGAUUAUUGCACUACCACUUGGACAGCAGCCAAAAGACAAUGUUGCUAUCAUAACGUAUGAUGGUCCUAGCAAAUUACAGCCACUUCUGGAUUGGAUAAACUAUCGGUUGUCAUCCCGUAUUGAAAUCAUCAGCUCUGAAAGAGAACUGAAAACCCAGUGGAUCGAACAGACGGCUUUGAAUAAAAUCAUUCUCGUUUCUCACAUGAACAAGUCACCAAUGUUUUUCUCUGCACUCAGUGUCAAAUUCUCUGGACGAUUCAAAUUCGGCAAGUAUACUCUCAAAGAUGAAGAUUACGAAUCAUUCCAACAAAAUACCGGAAUUAAAAAAUUUCCCUCAUUUCUUAUUGUAAUGCCGGAAUCUACAUUUGAAUACGGGGAAAGGGAUGGAGAAUUCCAGACUUAUAAAUCCAUGGAAAUAUUUCUUAAAUCUUUUCAUCCAGAAAUAAACGAUGUAUUUCUAAUGAGUCUUGUACUCGUCAACAUUAUCUGUUUCAUGGAUGUAUUUUUAGUUAACAGUACUUUAGCAAGACGUUUUCUAAAGUUAUUCUGGCAGCUUGGGAAGUAUAAUGUCGUAACUAUCAUUCUCUGGAUACCAUUGCUGCGUAUUGUUCAACUAAAUUGUAUGGAAAAUGUAUGCAAGUUUGGAUAUAAAGUUAUGAGACUUGUAAGCCAGACUGAGCUGGCUUGUUGUAUACGCAGAGACUGGAUUAUAUACGGUGGCUACACCACGCUUUUGGUUAUCAGUUUCUUGAUGUAUGGGAUCGCUGUCAGUAACAUAAGGAAAAUAUUUGGAUUUUCUCAGCCGAGUGCAGAUGAUAAUAUGAAUAUUUCUGAAUGGUGGAACCAGACAAUGCAACAGUGUUAUCAUUUACUUAUUCGUACCAGCCCAACGUUUCGAACCCGCGGCCCGAACGACGUACAUCUGAUGGAGAAUGGCUUAGAUCUCUUGAUAGAACGGCUGGCUGUUCCCGAUUUAUGGUUGAACCCUCUUGUAUCAAAUGACUACAUCUGUGACCUUCCCGUAUGGAGUUACGCAGGAAUGAUGUGUCAGAAAUACAACGAGGCAAAAACAGCUUCCGUCUGUCGAUGUUCGGUGCAACAACUGAAAAUAAAUAAUGGUAAUGAGAAAGAAACAUCCAAAGGACCGUGUUGCCAUAGCAACUGCAUCAUGCAACCAGAAGACAGAGACGAGAAGAAAGAAACAGAGCAAUGUGUACACAACCUUGAUUGUGAUCAUACUGACAUGAAAGAAAGUAACGAUCCUAACUCCCAUGAUGCACAGCAGCCACAACCACCGGAGGGUAUGAUUAUAAGUCAGGAAUGUGCCAUAUGUUUAGAAAGUUACGAUACAGAAAGUAUAUUAUGUGGAUUACCAUGUUAUCAUACGUACCACCACCAGUGUAUUGUGGUGUGGUUGCAUGGUCAUCAUUGCUGUCCUAUAUGUCGAUGGCCUUCAUACAAAUCUAAAGGCUUCAAAUGUCCUGAACAUAUGGACUGA